AAUAUAAGCGGCGCCGUCGUGAAGAUUGGUCAAAUCAAUGGCUCUCCGAGAAGAGGACGACGAUGUUAACCUCACGAAAAUGGGGCUGCUUCAAAUUGGAGAAAACGAAGAGGCCAGUGAGAUUAUCUCCUCCGGUGAGUCGGAGUUUCAGAUGUACCGGAUCAAUUCGAUCGAAUCAACGGUUGUGAUUCGUCAAUUACCGUCACAAGGUAUCGCCUUCAAGCUUUGGUUACCUGCAACAACUCUCGUCACACUUCUCGAUAACUACCGUCGUGACCCAAACACCAGCCCACUCACUCGCACCUUCUCGAGUUUUCAAUCCGACGGUUCAGAUUCUUCUUCUCCGAUUAACAUCGUCGAGCUCGGAUCUGGAACUGGAAUCGUCGGAAUCGCGGCGGCUGCGACGUUAGGUGCUAAUGUCACGGUGACGGAUCUCCCAAACGUAAUCGAGAAUCUCAAAUUCAACGCCGACGCGAACGCUGAAGUCGUGGCUAAGCUCGGUGGGAAAGUCCACGUGGCGUCUCUUCGUUGGGGUGAAAUCAAUGACGUGGAGGUUUUGGUUCAAAACGUUGACUUGAUUUUAGCGUCUGACGUGGUUUACCACGAGCAUCUUUAUGAACCUCUCCUCAAAACGCUGCGUUUUUUGCUCUUAGAAGGAUCCAAGAGAGUGUUUCUUAUGUCUCACCUCAAAAGAUGGAAGAAAGAAUCAAUUUUUUUCAAGAAAGCUCGGAGAUUCUUCGAUGUUGAUGUUAUACAUUGUGAUGAUCCUCAAGAAGAACAUCCUUAUACUUUGGAGCAGCUAAGUGUUCUCUCUGAAGAAUCUGUUACUGUCGAUGACAAGCUUGAUCGCAUCCUGAUAAUGUUUACACCGACGAUUCAGCAUUGUAGUAUGGCAAAUAUAAUUGGUCUGUGUUUGAGAGCUAAGCUUAAAGAAUGUUUGCCACUUCAUUACAAGGUUGAUAUCAGAGUGUCACCUGGCUCUCACGCUGAUGAAGUUUCAGUGAAUAAACAACUGAAUGAUAAAGAAAGGGUGGCGGCUGCAUUGGAGAAUCCUAAUCUCCGUCAGCUCGUGGAUGAAUGUAUCUACUCCGAUGAGAUAUGAUCAGAUCAUUUACUUCUAGUCUCUUGUACAUGCUUCAUAUCCUGGGUUCUAUAAUGUCUUAGAGAGCCCUCUUUAAUCUCAGAAUACACAUUUUACGGAGUUCGAAUGUUGUAUACUACUCAAUAAUGAUACAGAACCUUU